UGACUGUACAAUGAUUUUAAAUCAAAAAAACAUAACUUAAUCGUCGUAACUUUACUUUAAAACUUAUAAAAGAAUCUAUAAGAUUUAAAAUAAAAUCGUUUGUACUCAACAGAUUAGAUGAACCGAUACAAUCGCCACGUUGACAGUUCUGUUUACAGUGAUGCAUUGAAAGGCAAUGUGAAUUUAACGUCACCGUUUCCGAGUUUUCCUGUAGAAGUGACGGAACAAAUUGCCGUAUCUACAGUAAAUUUCUCAUAAUUAAAUGUUCAAAAAGUUCAGAUAUUUGUUUAAGGCCACUGUUAACAUUGGAACUCUUGUUCCCACAAAUAACAUCACCUCUGACGAGAUAUGAUUGAUUGUUUAGUCACAUCGAUCGCUUUUACUCAAGUACGAAACACACUCGCCUAUAUCUAAAUUUCGUCUAACACAAUCGCCGUCGAUAAAUAAAAAUAAAGUGCUUGAGUAUUCAAAUUUCCAAGAAAAUGCAGAUUACUCUGGGUCUCUUAUCUCUAAAACGAGAAAAUAUAGAUUUUGACCCCACGUUGAAACGUGUUUGUUUACCCGACAUCACCAAGUAUUGUCCACACGUGGAGCAAGGCAAUGCGCAAGUUCUCGAGUGUCUGCAAACCGUGCGCGACAAAUUGUCGCCACUCUGCGAACAAAAAGUCUUCAAGGUUAAGCGACAAGAAGUCUACGACAAUUCCAUCGAUUACGCGUUGAUUACGAUGUGCGCAGACGCAAUCGAGCAGUUCUGCGCACACCACGAUAGGGAAACGAUCCUGGAUUGUUUGAAGGUUAACAAAGACCAGAAAGGCUUCAGCAAAAAGUGUAGAUCGAUAGUUAUACACAGGAUGAUCGAACAAAACUCGAAUUACCAACUGAAUCCAUCGCUACAAGAAAAUUGUAAGAUGGAUAUAAACAAGUUUUGUUCGAACGUCAUCAAUACUAAUCAUGGGAAGGACUUGAACGAAGCGGUGUUCAAGUGUCUCAAGGGUUCGUUUAAAAAAGGGGUACUUUCGCACAAGUGCGAGAACGAAAUGGUGUCUAUGUUAAGAGAACAGGCUUUAGACGUCAGUUUAAACCCUCUGAUACGAGUCGUUUGUAAAAACGAGCUGGAGACGAUUUGUAAACUGAGCGACGAAGACUCAGGCAAGACCGAAGAGUGUUUGAAGAACGCUCUCCUCGAAAAUCGAAUAAUGACACCAGUGUGUAAAGUCGAAGUCGCGAAUAUGAUUGAAGAAUCUCAGGCGGAUAUUCACGUCGAUCCGUUGCUGCAGCAAGUGUGCGCUUUGGAUUUACUCAAGUUUUGUAAAGACGUGCCGCAAGGGAACGGCAGACAUAUAAAGUGUCUGAGAAUCUCCAUGGACAACCACCAGCUGUCGCCCGAGUGCGGCGAAAUGCUAACCAAAAGACUGAGGAUGUACGAGAACGCGGCUCUGGUGGCGCCCCCACCCGGCGACUUCCACGAGCUCUACCACCAAGUGGUGGCGUCGCCCGCCAAACACUACUUCUUUCUGAUGUUUUUGAUGAUGUUCGGGUCGAUUUUCGUGGUGGGGAUACUGUUCGGACGGGCCUUCAGGAGACAGAUGACUCUUAAAAAUAAAUGAUCGUCGAGGAGGGUUUAGGCUAAGUUAGGUUGUAACAAAUUGACUUGUGAUAAAAUAUUUUCAAAGAUGAAUACAGAUUUUAUUGUCUUUGCAAGGCCAAAAUGUAUUAUAUUGUUUAAAUUUAUAAAUUUGAGUGUCACGAGAAUUGUACAUAUUGUGGAGUCAUUUGCCAUUUUAGUUAGCUAGGAUAAGAGAGAUACACUAUGUCAUCUAGUGCUUUCUAAAUUGUUUAUACAUAAAAAGGUUUUAAUAAUAAAGUGUAAGAAAUUUUGGA